UCCCUCCCGACAGCGCGCGCGGCUCUGAGGGAAUCGAAUGGUCUCCGGUUCUUUUUCCGAAAGCCCAUACACCUUCAGUCAAAGGGCUAGGGUUAAACGAGAGAGGAGCAAGGAGGCCCAGUUUGGCCAAAAAGGAGAAACUAAUACCGUUUUUCACUUAUGGCUUUAUUGCAGUAACCAGUAUUACCAACACACCGUCCUCUUGGUGGCUUUGUGGAAGGAAGAAUACCCACAUUUUGUUCUAAACUGUAGCCGUUUUUUUAAGCUUUCGGGGCACUGAGAGACCAUGGAGAUGCAGAGAUGGUCCACAAGGUGGAAAACGAAAAGGUGGCUUUGGAAUCCCACUCUAAUCGCCCUGGUCACUUACACUUUCCUCAUGCAAGCAGUCAACGUAAAAGCAGCUGACCCUGUGGAUGUCCUCAAGGCUCUACAGUUCCACAGCUCUCCAGAUGGCGUCCGUAAAGCCCCAGGCCUCUGUGCCUUCCGCAGAGGAUCCAAACCCGACAUAGCGUUCCGCGUGGACAAAAAGGCCCAGAUCAGCGCUCCCACCAGACAACUGUUCCCAGGAGGGGUUUUCCCAGAAGACUUCUCUGUGAUGUUCACCAUCAAGCCCAAGUCAGGCAGUCAGUCUUUCCUGCUGUCUGUGUAUAAUGAGCAGGGCAUCCAGCAGCUGGGAGUGGAGGUGGGACGCUCCCCUGUCUUCCUGUAUGAAGACCAGCAUGGGAAACCAGCCCCGGAGGAAUAUCCUCUCUUCAGAUCCAUCAACUUAGCGGAUGGCAAGUGGCACCGUGUGGCCAUCAGUGUGGAGAAGAAGACUGUGACCAUCAUUGUGGAUUGUAAGAAGAAGCUGACGAGGCCUCUGAAGAGAAGUGACGGGGCAGCCAUUAACACCGACGGCAUCACUGUCUUCGGAACCAGGAUUCUGGACGAGGAGAUGUUUGAGGGAGACAUUCAGCAGCUGCUGAUCGUGGCCGACCCACGGGCAGCCUACGACUACUGUGAACACUACAGCCCGGACUGUGAAACGCCUCAUCAGGAGCAGCCUCAAGCACAAGAGCCUGAGGAGGAGUACAAUUCUUAUGACAUGGAGUACAGUGAGUUCUAUGACUACAGUGAAGGAGGCGCUGCCACAGCUGUGCCCCCAACCGAGGGGACCAAACCCCAACCUGAGGCUGCCGCGGUGGAUGUAGAAUACACCAGUUAUGACUAUGGCACGGAGGACGGCGGCCAGCCCGGGGAGGAUCCUACGGAGUCCACCGCUCCAGUCCUGACCAAUGAGAACUACGAAGAGAAAGUCAUCAAUGAGGAAGUCAUCGACGAUUACCUCACUGGCGUGGAGGAGGUCGGCGCCGACCCGACCGCUGCUGUGGAAACCGGCACGGAUGCCAAAAGCCCUGACCCGGGGGCGGACUCGUACGGUUUUAAGGAGUACGAUCUGAAAGAAUAUGGCGACGUGGCGGAGGGUGAGACGAAGCAGACGUACGACUAUGGCGACUAUGGCGACUAUGGCACCGGCGAGGCCAAACCCACCGACUCCAUCGCCACCUAUACGGACGAGUUUGGGCCUGGGGUCCCUGCUGAGACGGACACAGAGACCAGUAUGGGCGGCGGUGGGCACGGAGGUGAGAAAGGGGAGAAGGGAGAACCCGCCGUCAUUGAACCCGGGAUGCUUAUUGAAGGACCCCAAGGAGCUCCCGGCCAGGCUGGCCUCCCUGGGUCCCCAGGCUUGCAGGGUCCCCCAGGCCCACACGGAGACCACGGCGACAGGGGUCCUCCAGGGCGUGCUGGAAUUCCGGGUUCCGACGGAGUUCCUGGUCCUCCAGGUACCCUUCUCAUGCUGCCUUUCCGUGCCGGAGGAGAGGCACACAAAGGUCCAGUGAUCUCAGCUCAGGAGGCCCAAGCUCAGGCCAUCUUGUCCCAGGCCAGGCUUGCCCAGCGGGGUCCUCCAGGGCCAAUGGGACUGUCAGGAAGAUCUGGGCCUGUGGGGGGACCUGGACCCAAUGGACUGAAGGGAGACUCUGGGGACAAUGGCCCUCAGGGUCCCAGAGGUCUUCAGGGUCCAACUGGCCCACCCGGAAAAGCAGGAAAGAGGGGCCGUAAUGGAGCGGAUGGUGCCAGAGGGAUGCCUGGCGAGUCAGGGGGCAAGGGCGACCGAGGCUUCGACGGGCUCCCAGGCCUUCCUGGAGAGAAGGGGCACAGGGGUGAAGUAGGCUCCACCGGUUCUCCAGGUUCACCAGGAGAGGAUGGCCAGAGGGGCGAGGACGGUGAGGUCGGGCCAAGGGGCCUGGCUGGGGAGAGCGGUCCAAGAGGUCUGCUUGGACCAAGAGGAUCUCCUGGAACUGCCGGACAGCGUGGACUCCCUGGACUGGACGGACAAGCUGGUCCCAAAGGAAACCAGGGCCCACAAGGAGAGUCAGGACCUGCUGGUCAGCAGGGCAUCCCAGGACCUCAAGGUCUCGUUGGUCCUCAAGGCCCGAUUGGACCUCCUGGUGAAAAGGGGCCAGCAGGUCUUCAGGGAUUGGCUGGUCUGGCUGGGGCCGAUGGUCCUCCAGGUCACCCAGGGAAGGAGGGUCCUCCGGGAAUGAAAGGCAGCGUUGGUCACCCCGGGCCUCAGGGUUCGAUUGGCUAUCCCGGACCUCGCGGCGUCAAGGGUGCGGAGGGAGUCCGAGGCCUGAAGGGCAGCUCCGGGGAAAAGGGCGAGGAUGGUUUCCCAGGCUUCAAAGGGGACAUGGGCAUCAAAGGAGACAAGGGAGAACUUGGUGUCUUAGGACCCAGGGGUGAAGAUGGCCCUGAGGGCCCCAAGGGUCGAUCCGGCCCCAAUGGAGAGGCUGGCCCUAUCGGGUCCGCUGGAGAGAAGGGGAAACUUGGCGUCCCUGGGUUGCCAGGCUAUCCUGGAAGACAAGGUCCUAAGGGCUCUAACGGCUUCCCUGGAUUCCCGGGAUCCAACGGAGAGAAAGGAGGAAGGGGCACUGCUGGUAAAUCUGGACCCAGAGGACAACGUGGACCAACGGGUCCACGAGGUGGUCGUGGGGCCAGGGGGCCAACCGGAAAGCCAGGUGCUAAGGGAACCUCCGGUAACGACGGACCGCCCGGUGGUCCAGGAGAGAGGGGACCUCAAGGACCCCAAGGCCCUGUGGGCUUCCCGGGACCUAAGGGCCCCAAUGGCCCUGCUGGUAAAGAUGGACUGCCCGGUCACCCUGGACAGAGAGGAGAAACUGGUUUCCAAGGAAAGACUGGGCCUCCUGGACCUGGCGGUGUCGUUGGACCUCAGGGUCCCACCGGAGAGACUGGGGGCAUCGGAGAGAGGGGACACCCUGGCUCUCCAGGUCCCCCCGGAGAGCAAGGGUUACCUGGAGCUGCUGGGAAAGAAGGAGGAAAGGGUGACCCGGGGCCCAUGGGACUCUCAGGAAAGGUUGGACCCCCCGGGCUGCGGGGCUUCGCGGGGCAGAGAGGACUUCCUGGGGCUAAUGGUCCAGCUGGGUUGAAGGGAGGUGAAGGCCCACAGGGGGUUCAAGGUCCAAUCGGGUCUCCAGGAGAGAGAGGUGGAGCCGGUCCUGGAGGUCCCAUCGGUCUGUCAGGACGCACUGGCCCCCAGGGAGGUCCAGGCCCGGCCGGAGAGAAGGGAGGCCCGGGAGAGAAAGGUCCGAUGGGACCCGCCGGUCGUGACGGUAUCCAAGGCCCCGUGGGUCUUCCUGGGCCUGCAGGCCCCCAGGGUCCCCCUGGAGAGGACGGAGAUAAGGGAGAGGUUGGAGAGCCUGGCCAGAAGGGAAGCAAAGCCGACAAGGGUGAACAGGGCCCUCCAGGUCCAGCUGGUAUCCAAGGUGUCCUGGGAGCUCCUGGUCCCGCCGGUAGUGAUGGUGAGGCAGGACCCAGGGGUCAACAAGGCAUGUUUGGCCAGAAGGGAGAUGAAGGAUCCAGAGGAUUUCCCGGUCUUCCUGGACCCAUUGGACUCCAGGGACUGCCUGGUACUUCGGGAGAGAAAGGAGAAAAUGGAGAUGUCGGCCCAAUGGGGCCACCUGGUCCUCCUGGUCCUAGAGGUCCACAGGGAUCUGGUGGAGCCGAUGGUGCCCAAGGCCCCCCUGGUGGAGUAGGUUCUAUGGGAGGAAAUGGAGAAAAGGGAGAAAGUGGGGAAGCUGGUAACCCCGGACAACCUGGAGAGCCUGGCGGUGUUGGUCCCAGAGGAGAGACCGGUGAGAAGGGGGAGUCGGGACCUCCUGGAGCUGCCGGUCCUGCCGGUGCCCGUGGCCCUGCUGGAGACGACGGCCCCAAGGGCAACCCAGGACCUGUCGGCUUCCCUGGAGACCCCGGUCCACCUGGAGAGCCUGGAGUUGGUGGAUUGGACGGCUUGGCUGGAGACAAGGGAGAUGAUGGAGAAGCUGGACAACCUGGCCCAUCUGGUCCUUCUGGAGAAGCUGGACCGCCAGGGCCUCCAGGCAAGAGGGGACCCAUUGGAAGAGCUGGUGCUGAGGGACGACAGGGGGAGAAAGGUUCCAAGGGGGAAGCUGGAGCCGAGGGGGCUGAUGGGAAGACUGGACCAGUCGGACCCCAGGGGCCCCCUGGGAAGGCCGGACCUGAUGGCCUGCGUGGAAUUCCUGGACCUGUUGGUGAACAAGGACUUCCUGGAGCUUCCGGAAUGGACGGACCCCCUGGACCAAUGGGACCCCCUGGCCUAGCUGGCUUGAAAGGAACUCCAGGUGGUAAGGGAGAAAAGGGUCACCCUGGUCUCAUUGGUUUGAUUGGACCACCUGGUGAGUUUGGAGAGAAGGGCGACCGAGGCCUGCCCGGACCCCAGGGAACCACUGGAGGCAAGGGAGACGCUGGGGUUCCUGGCGCUCCUGGUCCCCUCGGACCUCCGGGCCCUCCUGGCAUUCCUGGCCCAGCCGGUUCCAAGGGCUCCAAGGGAUCAAAUGGUGGAGCAGGUCAGAAGGGAGAUACAGGUGUGAUCGGACCACCUGGACCCCCUGGCCCUCCUGGUGACAUCAUCCAGCCGCUGCCCAUCCAGCAGGCAAGCAGGAAGAACAGACGUCACGCGGAGGACGAUGACGUGCAGGCCGAUGAGGCCGCCGGCAAUGACGACUACGGCAUGGACGAGGCGGCGGGCAUGGAAGACGUGUUCGGCUCCCUGAACAACCUGAAGCAGGACAUAGAGAGGAUGAAGUUCCCCAUGGGGACGCAGGACAACCCUGCCAGGACAUGCAACGACCUGCACCUCAGCCAGCCAGACUUCCCGGACGGUGAAUACUGGAUUGAUCCCAACCAAGGCUGCACUGGAGAUUCCUUCAAGGUCUACUGUAACUUCACUGCUGGAGGAGAAACCUGCAUCUAUCCAGACAGCAAAUCCACCAACGUGAGAAUAUCUAACUGGCCGAAGGAGACUCCUGGAACAUGGUUCAGUGAAUUCAAGCGAGGAAAAAUACUGAACUAUGUGGACAGAGAGGAAAACACCAUCCAGAUGGUCCAGAUGACCUUCCUGAAGCUGCUCAGUUCUUCAGCACGUCAGAACUUCACCUACAUCUGCCACCAGUCCGUGGCGUGGUUCAAUGCCAAGGAAGACAGCUACGACAAGGCUCUGCGCUUCCUGGGCUCCAACGACGAAGAAAUGUCUUAUGACAACAACCCCUACAUCAAGCCUGUGUCGGACGGUUGCUCGCUGAAGUCGGGCUACUCCAAGACAGUGAUGGAGAUCAACACCCCUCGCAUCGACCAGGUACCCAUCAUCGACGUCAUGUUUAAUGACUUUGGCCAGCCCAACCAGCGGUUCGGGUUCGAGUUGGGACCCGUCUGCUUCAUGGGCUAGGAACUGAACCCCCCCACCCCCCACCCCCCCGACCCUCUUCCGCCUCGACCCUCCCCCUCCCUCCGACCAGCUAAAGGACAUGCAUGCCUUGUACUGCCCACUGAGUCCCCUCGUCGACCCGACCUCUCCCUGGCCUCUCCCCGGCCUCACCCCCGACCUCUCCCUGGCCUCUCUCCGGCCUCACCCCCAACCUCUCCCUGGCCUCUCCCCGGCCUCACCCCCAACCUCUCCCUGGCCUCACCCCCGACCUCUCCCUGGCCUUACCCCGACCUUUCCCCGGCCUCUCCCCAGCCUCACCCCGGCCUCAGGCUCCAAACCUGUGUUUUAGAGAGUUGUUAAGAUGGUUAGACCACCAGCACCCGUCUGCCCCCCCCCGUAGAAAACGCCGCGCCCCCUUCCUUUCCCAGGGGAAUACUCCUUGCCCUUGUAGGGCCCAAUCACGUGAUGACUGUAAUGGGAGGAAGUGACAUCAGGAAAAUAGGACUUUUGAUGCCGUGGAUGGACAGUGGCGCACUUUCAGCAAACAGAGGGAGGACCCACUCACCCCAAGACCCCUUUUCAACCCCGUCCCCACCCGAAACCUUACCCAUUGUAGAGGGAGGACCCACUCACCCCCUUGUCUCCCCUUGUUUCCCCUCUUCACUCCGUUACCCAGAAAAAGGAGGCUCCACUCAGCCCCAUUGCCCCCCCUCCCUUCCCAGACUCCCUGUCUGCUAGCUCCAGUGCUGCUCCAACUACAACCACAGAGGUGCUUUUGUGCGGAACACAGAACACCAAAGGUGCUACAAAAAAGUGCAUUUUGAUAAACUGUAAUUAUUAUUAUUGUUAUUAUUAUUAUUUUGUACAAUACUGUUUUCCUUUUGAAUCCACAUUUCAAAAAUCUAAAUUUGCAUGUCUACCAAAGGCUCUUAAUAAUGUUUUUAAAUAAAUGUUGGUAUUACUAUAUAGAAAAUAAAUUUGCAAUAAAUAUAUUUGUUUGUUCUAAAUGUCUGUUGAAAGGAAUUCAUAAGUAGGUAGGUCACACUAGGUUGUCGUUGUUUUACAGAAUACAGUGUUAAUAUCAGCAAUUGAAUACAACUCCUUUAUUUGUAAUUAUGAAGAAUCUCUUUGUAAAUAUUGACCAUUACAAACACUCGCUGCAUAAUUCUCCCUGCUCCAAGGUCAUACCUACAAUUUACAAUUUACAUAGGAGGGUAAUAUAUGGUAACUAGGGGUUCAUUAACAAAGCUGGUCUACAACAACAACCAACUCUGACGGUGUUCAGUGUGAACAUAGAAUCUUAGAAGUAAAGGUGCCUGGAAGAAACUUCUGGGGUUCAAAAACUCUGGUGGAAUAUUUGCUGAUCAAAAUGGGUCCAUGAAGGGCCUCCCUUAAAGGGUCCUUUGAGGAAUCCUUAUUUUUGAUAGUAUAUUGUAGCGUUGGCAGCCAGGCAUAUUGUGGGCAUGGAUUAUUAGAGAUAUCGCAGUCACAUGUUUGUUUCUGGCAUUUUGGGUGAAUUCAAUUCCUGUUCAUCAUGUAAAAUUUGUAUACUAAAAGUAUAACUUUUAACAGGAAUAAAGGGUUAACUUCGCAUUUCUCAGCAGUCAGUUCUCCACCUUAACAUCAUGGCUUUACAACAGAUGAACAGGAAGGACAAUCAACAACGCUUGGCCAAAACACACUAGCAGUGAUCUCUUUGAGGAUCUCAAGUGUUCUUCCAGUCACCCCUAAUUCUAAGAGUGUUUAAGAGCUUGUCAUGUUGUUCCAAAGUAUUGAACUUCUUGUUUUGAUUAUUUGUUCCGGGUAAAUCAAGAAGGUAAUAUUGCAGAGUAAUGUACAAUUUGUAAUGUGAAAAUGGCCACACAGCCAGUAGAUUUCAACUCAACGAGAGCUUCUUUUGCCACAUAGAUGUUACACCACAGAAUGGUAUACCUCAAUUGCUCUACGUGCGUAAAGUUGAGAUUCAAUAAAUGACAAACCCUGUGUAGACCUUGAUUAUACAAUUAAGUUUAUAUAUUUGGGUGAGGAAUUUUCUAAUGGACGGAAAAAUCAUGUUUUUGUGUAGCUUCUUGUGUCAUGUUUGUGAAUGCAAAGAUGCCAAAUUAAAUUAGCCCCAUUGUAGUUUGAACAUUUUCCUGUAACAGUAAUGAGGAAAUGUUUUCUUGUGCCUCUGAUGGUUCAUUCAUAUUAAAACUGGAUUCUGAACAA